UGGGCCCCAGGCACCGUGCCCAUUGCCGGGGGAACGCCUUUGUGCCCUGCUCCGGGAGUCCGCGACGGCCGCUGCGCGCCCAGGUCCAUUGUUUCGCUUCUCUGGCUCUUCCGGGCAGGUGUCCGCAGCGGCGCGCGGGGCCCGCACGUGCCUAGCGGCGGCUGGAACUCUGAAACCCGCGGGCGCCGGCGGGGCGUCCCCGGGCUCGGCCGGACAUGAAGUACCUGAAGCCGUGGUGGUCGGACGGCGGCGGCCUCCUGCACUUCACUAUCCUAUUGAGCUUGGCGGGGCUCCGCCUGGACCUGGACCUCUACCUACUGCUCCCGCCGCCCACCCUGCUUCGGGAUGAGCUGCUGCUCGGGUGCGGCCCGACGACCUCCGCCUGCGCGCUCAGCCCCUUCCCCGCCUUGGGAGGGUGGGGGCCCUUGGACCAGCUGCACCUCAAAGGCCCGGAGCCGGACUCCGUGGGUCAGCUGCUGCGGGAGGUGCGCGCGCUGGGGGUCCCCUUCGUCCCGCGCACCCGAGUAGAUGCGUGGCUGGUGCACUGUGUGGCGGCCGGGGACGCCGACGGGGCUCACGGGCUGCUCGGCUCCGCAGCAGCCUCCUCCGCAGAAGUGGGCGGCGGCGGCCCGGUGGCUCCAGGGGGAGGCGGGGACCCCCGAGCGGCUCCGAGUAGCCCCUUGGCCUCCGGGGAGGAGGAGAAGGCACCAGCGGAACCGACGGCUGAAGUGCCCGACGCCGGUGGACGCACGAAUGAGGAAAAUGAGGUACUGAGAGAGAGGUAUGAAGCUAUGGAUCACAGUUCCCAGUAUGAGGGAAAUGAGCAAAGGUUGUCAGCCCAGAAGGAAAAAUCCCUACAGCAGGAGAAUGAAGAUGAAAAUAAAAUAGCAGAUAAACGUGAUGGGGAGGCAGAAAAGACUUCUGAAUCUAGAAAUGAGAGAUAUCUAAAUGGGACAGAUGCAUCUUUAUCUCUGGAUGGCUUAUUUCAGCUACUUUCAUCACAGCCUGAAAAUUCACUGGAGGGCAUCUCACUGGGAGAUAUUCCUGCACUUCCAGGAAAUUUCAGUGAUGGCAUUAAUUCUUCACAUUACAAUGUAAACUUUAGCCAGGCCAUAAGUCAUGAUGUCAAUCUCCAUGAGGCUAUGUUGCUGUGUCCUGACAAUACAUUUAGAAGAGAUCUAGUAGUGAGGACUUCACAGCCUCAAGAACCACAUCUGCAGUUAAAUUCUCAUACUACUUAUCCUGAACAGACCCUUCCUGGAACUAAUUUGACAGGAUUUCUUCCACUACUUAACCAUCAGUUGAGGAAUCUAACAAGCCAAGACUUAUAUGACCUUGAUGUGAACAUAUUUGAUGAGAUAAAUUUAAUGUCUUUGGCCACAGGUUUUGAUCCAACAGAAACCUCUCAGUUUUUUGAAGAACCAGAUUCUGAUUCUGGGCUUUCCUUAAAUUCAAGCCACAAUAGAACCUCUGUCACCAAAUCUAAUUCCUGUGUGUGUGAAGGUGCUGUAGGUUAUAGUGAUGACCGUGAAUCUCUCCCCGACCAUGACUUACAGGGGGCUGUUGGAGGUGACUACCCAGAGCCCAGUAAACUUUGCCACAUGGAUCAUAAGAAUAAUUUUGGUUUUCACAGGGACCUAGCUUUUCAACAUGUAUUUCAUAACCACACUUAUCACUUACAGCCAAAUGCACUAGAAUCCACUUCUGAAUGUUUUUCAUGGCCUGGGAAGUCACAGAAAAUGAACGGGUACCUGAAUAACACAGAAACAAACUUAAGCCGUGAUGAACGGCAUGCCAAAGCUCUGUGUAUACCUUUUUCUGUAGAUGAAAUUGUCCGCAUGCCUGUUGAUUCUUUCAACAGUGUACUAAGCAGAUACUAUUUGACAGAUUUACAAGUGUCACUCAUGCGUGAUAUUAGACGAAGGGGCAAAAACAAAGUUGCUGCUCAGAACUGUCGGAAGCGCAAACUGGAUGUAAUUUUAAAUCUAGAAGAGGAUGUAUAUAACUUGCAGGCAAAGAAGGAAACUCUUGAGAGUGAGCAAGCCUGGUGUAACAAAGCUAUUAACAUAAUGAAACAGAAACUGCAUGACCUUUAUCAUGAUGUUUUUAGUAGGCUGAGAGACAAUGAAGGUAGGCCAGUCAAUCCGAACCAGUAUGCUCUUCAGUGCAGUCAUGACGGAAGCAUUUUGAUAGUACCCAAGGAACUGGUGACCUCAGACCACAAGAAGGAAAACCAAAGGAAAAAAAAAAAUGAAAAAAACUGAAGAUGGACUCCAUUAAUAUGCAUGAGGUACUGAUGUUCAAAAAUACAUAUGGAUCACAAACCUUGUCACUGCUUCAGGGUUGUUGCUCAAGCGUGACACUUCUAAGUACUGCUAUUUCACUCAAGGCUACAUUCUGAAGCUUCUGUGGACAAGUGUGGGAAAUUUGGGAGAAAGCCAUUUUUAAUGAAAUCUUCCUGCUCCAUUAUAUGCACAACUUAGAGUAUAUACAAAGAAUAAGGUUUCACUUUGGUUGCUAUUAAGAUGGUCAGAACAGUCACUGGAUGUUAAUUAUUUCAAACCAUUUGUUUUAAUGACUUGGAAUGCAAAGUAGACUUUAAUAUUUUCAUUUAGCUUACUGGCAGUGAAGUAUAGUGAGCUUUUCGAAAGCUAGUUUUCUGUGAAUAAAUUUUAUAUUUGAACUUACAAAAAAAUUACUAUGGUAAAUUUACCUUGGGUGUUUUCCCUUCAAAUACCCACAUUCAGGAUUACAAGUAUCUAGCAAAUAGGGAGCAUAGUGUUUUUAAAAUUUGUACAAAAUCAUCAGUCAACCAAUUAAACUGAAGAAGGGAAAUCCCGUCUCGGACUCCACACACAGAACAGAUGAGGUAAACUAAGUGCCCAAGCUCUAAACCCAGGUUACAAGAAACAAAAAUCAAGCUUUAAAAUAGUGCACUAGGCUUUAAUGCCUGGCUACAAAGACCUGUAGUCAGUCAGAAGAGGGUGUUGGCCUACUUCUCUCCAGUAACUAGUAGAGCAGAGCUUAGCUCCUUUACAGGGAAUAUACCUCCCUGAUAAAGCCAGCUUGUCUAGGUGGUCUCAGAAUUUACAUAGUUUAACAUGAACACAUCACAAAGCCAUACCAGGAACACAAACAGUAGAGGAAAACUUGUAUGAAAUUCUACAACCAAAGAAUUAGAAAUACUGAAACCAUGAAAAUUAUAAAUGCUUAAAAUGGGCAAAAAAAUAAUCACCUGGUUAAGACUUAAAAUCUGAAAUAAAAAGUUUAACAGCAUAAUCUCCUGAAGAUAAUGUCAGAUCUUGAUAUUUCUGCCACAGAAGUCACUGGUCAAAUAUCUUAGGUUAGAGAUGUUUAUACAUUGAAUUUUUAUGAUAAACUCUUAAAUUGGGCCUAGACAUUCCUCUCAAGACCUAGAUUUUGCCAGCAAUGUUUCUAGAUACCAAUACCAUUCUUCUGACCAGUAUUUUCAAUUCCUUUUUAAUCUGUCCAACAGGCUGGUUUUUUGGCCUAGAAGUGCACUUUCGGUAUAUAAAUCAUAGAUAGCUUCAGGCAGGGUUUAUUACCAUAGGAAAUAUUCCUAGCCUGCAACAUCACAGCGAAUUUCACAACUGAGUAGCCUUAAGAGUGCCUGUUGGACUUUGUUGGUAUUUCCCCAAAUCCCUCAAGACAACAGACCAUCAAAAUGGCAAGGAAAAGAAAAAAAAGCAUAAGCAGAGUGCUGGAACUCAUUAGAAACUUAAGCUUAAAAACCAAAAAAACGUAAUGUUUUGUGUUGUGAUGAAGUCUAAACAGCCAGUUUCAGUCUGCCACAGGCUGUAUUUCCUGACUAUGAGAGUACGUAAACUGAAGCUUACUUUCCCUGUCAGUAUUCCAGUCUUGUUCAAAUUCAGACUGAAGCUAAAUGUUUUGUGCAUAACCAUGGAACCAAGCUUUCACUUAUCUGACCCAUUCUCUAAAUAGGUGAAUUAUGAGAGUUCAGCUACUCUAAGAUCUGGAAAAGCAGGUGACUUAACUGGGAACAAUUCCAACAAAUUUUAAGUGACCUUGCUGUGCUCCCCCCCACCCCCAAUGUUUUCACAAGUACUUGGUAUACAGCUUAAACACAAGGGGACAAUAUAUAUCUAGUCAUGAAAAGCCCUUUCUUUAGUAUGUCUGGCAGGCACUUUUCCUUCUGCAAUUUGCAGCGACUGGCUACAGUCCAAUUUGAAUUGGUCCCAACACAAAACUAGUCCCACCUUCCUUGCCUUACAGAGGUGUCUCUGAAAUGAUUCUGCCAGUGCCAAAAUUGUGCCAGCUCAGCAAUCCGUCAUUUUCCCAUUAAAAGCCUUCACAUUUUCUUGGUCAUGUUGAACACACUCAUGGAUAGAAUUACAUUCUUGGCCAAUUGUAUCCCUAGCAAUGUGCACUUUAUCAAAAUUGUGUAUUUGGGUCUCCUCUCAUGGCUUAUUAGUCUGCACUGACCUUUAAAAAUAGCUGAUGUCUUUCCCUCUCCUGUCACCUUAACGAACUCUAUUUGCUUUUCUUGGGGCAUCCACUCACUGGUUUUUGAGUCACCAAAAAACCAAGUCCAGUUCCAGCUAAUGAGCAUUAGCUGCAGUACUAAAUGGCACAACAAAUUAUAUGGGUAUUCAUCUGGACACAUUCGUUGCAAACCUUUCAGAUCACUUAGUAAAUAAAAUAAGCCAGGAAUGUACACGUACUCGACAUGCUGUUCCACUUGCUGCAAAGGCACACCCACUUUCAAAUAUGCAACUAAGGAAAUGGGACAUUCUAUUAAAUCAUCCCUAUAUUAGCUGAGUGUUUCCAUCAGUAGCACACACAGCAGUGUUAACUUUUAGAGCAAAUUAAUUUGUAUUCAAUGUCCCAAAUUAGACUGAAAACCUUACAUGCAAGAGAACACGAUGCUUCAGUGACUUUCACAGGGCACUGCAGUGUGGGAGCCACACCCAACAUUGCUCCCAAUGAGGCCUGUUGCUUGCUGAGUAAACCAUACUAUGUGACCAUUAGAAUACAAGGACAGUAUUUCCAAACCCUGGUCAUUUUGAGAACCUUCUGUUCUUGCAUAGUUCACAGUGGAGGAAGGAAUGAGCCAGUACAUUUUGGAUGCAGAUUUUCAAGAACAAGUCGAGUUCCCCCUGAAACCUUGAACCAGAAAUUGCACAAGCGCUUCCAGAUUCUCACAAAUACUGUGUGAGGUAGCAAGUGUAUCACUCUCAACUCCUAUUACAAAGUGGGAAGAGUUUUUCUUUAGAAUCAUCUUGGGUUGCACAAAAACCUUGUCUUAUUUUGUUAGAAAAUCACAGCCCGAUACAGUAUACACACAUAGGGGAAAACGCUAUACUGAAUGUUCAUUAUCUGUGUUUCCAGUUCAUUUCCACCUAUUACAUAUUGAUGAAAUAUUUUUCCUAUUUUGUACUGGAUAAGGAUUUGGGUAUUUUAAAGGUUAUUAUACCACCAUCAUCAUCUUCAAAAGCUCAACUUCUUUGUAGAGCUAGACAUUUAAAAGACCCUUAUAAUUACUUUCCCUACAAAUUUGAAACCAAGUAUUCUGACAAGUUUAUAGUUGAUGAUGCAGCGAUGUUAAGCAAGCCAGUUCACCUGUUAGCCACCACUAGGUUUGACUUACCUGUGAGAUACCUCAACACCAAAAAAAGAAAUUGCAGUUAGAACAAGUCAACCAUACUGUUUGUUUUCUAGUUCAUUUCAGGUAAAUGUCCAAAGUACUUGUUAAAUUUUAUCCACCAUAUUAAGCCCAUAGAAGACAACCACUGAUAGUAAGUAUAAAAUGCUAAUUAAACAUUUAAGAAAUUACUAUGACAGACUAUCUCCAUGCUUUGCAUGCCACUAAUUCAGACCACUCUAGCUGGUUAAUACGUGAUUUUUAAACAUCACCAGCAAUUUUAAACAUACAAGGUAAAGCCAGAAAACUAUAGCAGUAUUCAAACACUGAAUAUAGUGUGAAGAAUGCCAUUUUAUUAGGGACAGCCAAUAAUGUCCACAACUUUUUUCUCAUUUGUCUAUCAAUAUUGAAAAAUGGCAAUAUGCAUAGUUUGUAAAACUGCUUAAAAAAUCUAGGGAAUGGCAACCCUUUAGACAACUGAAUGUUUAUAAAACAAGAUUCACACAUCUUAUGUGUAAACAUUACACCAAGUAUUUGGAUACAAAAGUAUUUAUUUUAUAAACUUUGUAUUUAAAAUAGAAUUUUAAUCUGUCUACUCACAAAACCUAACUUAAAACAUGAUACAUUUCUAGCUGAUUUGAUGUUAACUCUUUUACAAACAAUACUCAAUGUAAUUGUUUUAUAUUAAGAACCUGUACUAAAUGAAGUUUGUUAUUGUAUCAGAAAACAUUUCCCUUUGAUCUUAAGAGUGCUUUUUUAAAUGAAGGCACCAACAAGAACUACUUUCAGAUGGUACAGAAUUUCUUAUUCUUGAAGACUCUGUGGUUGACCACUUCUUCAUUAGUUACCUGCAGCAAGACACCUUCCUGCCAAAGGAAAAAAAAAGUAUCUGAAGAAGUUUAUCAUGUUUUUUCCAAAGAACCUAAAUAACUUCAGUGGUUGUCUUAGAAUCAAAGAAGACUCACUGGUGCAUACAGCAGAAUAUGCCCUGAUUACCACAUUCCUGAAGGCAAUAAAGCCAGGCAAUCAAACUCUGAUGUCAAUUAAGAAAUGAUUAUCAGCAGCCAACCUACAUCUUUCCUAUAAAGGUACGGGAUUGGGAAAGAAUUACAUUUAAACCCAAGUACUGGAUACAUACAGGUUACAAUGUUUUGACACUUUAUUUGUAAGUAUAAGCUAUUAUUCUGAAAAUAAAUCCAACCAUUUUGCCCUACCUUCUCCUUAGCCUGAUGCAUGUAUAACUACAACCAUAUUAAGUAACAGAAGAACAAAAUGUCUUUAUUUUUAAUAAAAGCCACUAGUUCACUCAAAAGGCUUGAUCCAAGAAACGUGAAUACACAAGGGUGUAAGGAUGGGAAUUUUCAUGAUUUAUUGAAUUUGCAGCCUAGCUUUUACCUACCAUUUUACUACCAACACCACUGAAGGAACCAAGAAAAGCUUUAUUAAUGAUCACUUGGCUUGCCUCAGCUGUUGAAAUGAAGCACUUUAGUCUUUGUGGCAGCAGAAUAUACUUGUCCACGGUUCAUAUCAAUGCUAAAAUUCCAGCAGGGAAAAAAAUGAUAUGUUAAGCACCUGAAUCUUCAUAGAGGGGGAGGGGGGUGGGAAAGAAGGAAAAAAGGGAAAAACCAAAAUAAUUUAAGUAAAUGACAGAUUGGUUCAUUAAGAUUAUUUCUCUUGAGUUUAUAAAUUGUUAAACUCAAUUUAUAGCUAUGUUAAACUACGUAAGAACCACUAUACUGAAAGACCAUUGAAGAGUAUUAGUUUAUCUUUUGGGGAGGAAAAUUAAGAAAGGAAAAAUAAAUAAGAUCUUACCUAAAGAAGUUUAACUGAAGCUUAGAACUAUUUUGCUCUACACCCUCAGCUUUCGUUGGCAUCCUUAACUACUGUAGUUAAAGCUUUGUUGAAACAGCACAGUUUUUUAAGACUGGCUGAACUUAGUAGCCGUCAAGAGUUCUCUUGUCCUAGACCUGUAUCCCUGAAGAGUACCUCGCUGGGAUUAUUUCCUUUCCUUGCAUUGAAGAAGCAGCAUCUAAAAGAUCUAAAAAGGUGUUUCUCCUUGCAGAGAUAUCCCUUAAGUUAUCUAGGUAAUUUAAUCCUGAUGAAUUGCAGACAACACACUUAGUUUUAGCUGACCAACAUUUCUUACACAAAUGUAACAACAGCUUUACAAUGGACCUUAAUUAUACUACCCACUCCUUAACUUAUUUAAAAUAAAAAGUCUAUAAUUACACAAUUUCCUUUAGAAUUAUUUUAUUAAAUCAUAAAUGUACAACAGCUUCUUAACUCUACACACGCACUUAAAUUUUUUAAAGGAAAAACGUUAUGUCUUAUUACACCAUGAUCCUGGCUAAUAGCUUUUCAAAACUUUGAGAAAAAUCUUAAAAAAGGUAUCACAUGUCACCUGAAACUUACAAAUUUAACAUUAUCAAAGAAGGAAUGCUUCUACACUCUUACAAAGACCACUAGAAAGAAACAACAAUUAAAAAGCUAAGAAACUGUCUCAAAGGCAUUUUUUUUUUUACAGUCCUUCCUCCACAGUAAGGUAAUGUUAUUAAA